UUUGACAGAUCGUCUGUGUGUGUGAGGAUAUAAGCUGGCACAGCCUCAGUGUCAGAUCACGCCCGUCGUCUCCAAACAGCCGCGAGGAGCUCCAGUAUGUUGGUGAUCUGUGAGAAAAGUUAAAUCAUGUUCUGAUGGAACGUUUGUCAUAUGUAGGGCACCGUAUGACGACGACACACGAGAAUGGUGAGAUAGACACUGCCUAAGAAAAGUGCCUCUGAAGGUUGAUCCAGACAGUAUUUCCGUGUUAGUGCUGGUGCAUAUGUGAGGAUUGUGUGUCCAGAUUCAUUCUUUGUGCAUCUAGACAUCAGUCAUGAUGCCAGGUAAACGAACAUUCCGCCUUAUCUUCUUCAUCAUUAUCGGGGGGAUGCUGACCUUUGGUGCUCAACGAAUCAUGUAUAGUUCGCCCAAACUGGACAUAAAUAUUACCGAAAUGACUCAACAAAAGUCACAUAAACCUGUUCCAGUUAUACCAAACGCUCCCCCUAUUGUGCCUUUACCAGGGGGCAAUAUGCAACAGUCUCAGCAGCAAAGCGCAGUACCAAGUGUGCCAAACCAACCACCCCAGCAGCUUCCGGUCAAUAUGAACAACCACAACAUGAAUCUCCAGGCUCUCAACUCUCUGGCCCAGACGUUGAUGCAAUAUCCGCGAGGCAAUGCGUAUCAGCAGCAACCUAAUCUGCAGUAUGUCCAGGCCCCUCAGAUGGAUCCUGCUCAACAGAACUCCAGGAUGUCACUUCUUAAUCAGUUCGUUCAGACAAGAAACAUGAUGCAGCAAGGAUCUGUUCCUAAUGUGCUCGGCGCUCAGGGGUAUCAGCCCAACCCAACUCCUAAUAUGCAGAUGCAGGGACCGUACAAUAUGGCGGGUCAACAAAUCAUGCCUGCGGCUGAUCAACAAAUCCUGCCUGUGGCUGGUCAACAAAUCAUGCCUGUGGCUGGACAACAAAAUAUACCUGCGAGUGGUCAACAAACUAUGCAGAUGGCAGGAGCACAAAUUCCUAACAAUAUGGCUGGUCAACAAAAUUUGCAGAUGACCGGUGUGCCUAACCCAAACUUAGGCGAUCAACAAAAUAUUCCCCUCGUUACGUCGCCCAAAGUCAUGGAUGUCAGUCAGCAAGUGCCCGUUCAGACUGGGCCAGAGACAACUAUUCUCCGGUGGAACGGCAGUGGAUGGACCCAGCUUCACCAGUUCUGUGCAGGCAGUUUGAAUCUCAAACGGACCAUGCUUAAGUCCCCGGUAGGUAAUGCUGUCAUCUACAUCCACGAUCUCAAGGACGAUAAAUGGGUCUCGGGGUCUCUGAAGCUUCACGGACUUUGGGAUCUGCCUGAUGUCAAGGUGAUGAUUGACAACCUCCGCAGCGACCCUGAAAUGGGCUUCAUCGACAUCGGGUCCCACGUCGGUACUUUUUCCAUCGUUGCCGCCCUCAUGGGUAAGAAGGUAGUUGCAGUGGACCCUCUUGUAGCGAACGUCAUCAGGUUCUGUAAGUCUGUCCAGGACAAUAGGUUCACUGACAAAAUCACAAUAUUUUACACAGCAAUCUCCGACAGCUAUAAGAAAGUGUCCUUCGUUAAGGACAUUGGGAACAUAGGAGGUACGCGUAUAAAAACAGCGCCUUCCAACGUCAACACGUCUAAUGUGUAUGACCCUAACUUUAUAGACACAGUUCGCCUUGAUGACUUAGUGCCUCAUAUACCAUUUAAAAGAGCCUUUAUCAAGAUGGAUGUUGAGGAACAUGAAUACCAAGUGAUAACUUCAGGUGUUAAGUUCUUCCAGCAGAUAGACGUUCGAGGGAUUCUGAUGGAGUGGAUGUGGCAGAAGACGGGCCCAAAUGGACUACGACUUAGAGACUAUUUGUUAGCUUUAGGCUUUGCUCCAUUCAGGGUGGAUGGAAGUUCGGCGUUGCCGAUAGAUCAAUAUAAAUUAUGGCCAAAUGAUGUCUUGUGGAUGAAAUUGAAAUCAUGAAUGUAUAAAAUGUUUUACUUUCA